AGCUCUACCUAAAAAGAUAUAAGUUUAAUCGCAAUUAUGAUCUUCUCUCCAUUAGUACUAAUGGCUAAUGAUUAUAAAUAUUAACCUUUGAUCAGAACUAAAUCGCUUUAUUAGAGUUUAAGAUUAUUUAUAUCAUCAACAAUUAAGAAUGAUUAGUUAGAGUGCACUGAACAAUCUAAAAAUAACUUUCUGGUUUGUGAUAUAUUCAAUCACCUGCCAUUCAAGCGAUUCAUUGGUUUAUAAAUCACUUGUUUUCCAACAACUAAUUAAUUAAAACUGUUUCAAUGUCGCAAACUAAAACAAAACCUAAAUAUCGUAUAUUAGUAUCAUCUAUUGAUGCCUUUGGACACAUUAAUUUCACCCUUGGAUUUGGUGAGAUUUUAGCUGAGGCUGGACAUGAAGUGACCUUCACUCAACGUGUUCAUCACAAGAAACUUGCUGAUAAACGAGGAUUUAAUUUUAUUCCGUUCGAUGAGUCGAUAUUUGAGAACUUUCAACCAGGACCUUUUGUCGAUUGGGUUGCUAAUAAUUUAGAAAAGUUUCGAGGUGAUGCUCUUGAACGAUACAAAGGUUGGACUGAUGAAGAUAAAGAGAUAUUCGGAUCUAUUGCUGAUGAUUAUUUUGUAACUAAUACAGCCAUAGAAAAAGUUCUCGCUGAAAAACAAAGUUCAUUCGAUAUUAUAAUUGGCGACUUUGGAACACAAUUUCCAGCUUUAUUCCGCUCUCCAAUACCAUACAUACCCCUGGCAGCACUUAACCCAGUGUGUUUUUACCCUCAAGGUCCACCUCCUUUCUCUGGAUACCCUGUAAAUGUUGAUAAAGAAAAGGCUCGAAAGUUCAAAGAGAUCUAUGAUUCAGCUUGUAUUCGUUUCAAAGAGAAACUGUACUCAUGGUGGGAAUCUUUUAACGUUCCCAUCUUACCAGAAGACUGUUGGCUUGUUAAUCGAUAUCCGAAAUAUUUUGGUUUCUAUCAUUACCCUGAAGGUCUUGAUUACAAGGAAUGUGGACCUAAAGAGCCUGCGGGUAAAUGGUUUCGAAUUGAUGCUUCAAUCCGGAAGCCUGACGAAGAAAGUGAAUUUGUCAUACCAGAAUCAAUCGCUUCUUUACCUGGAAAGUUAAUCUACUUUUCUCUUGGAUCAUUAGGAUCAGCUGAUGUCGAGUUAAUGAGACAAAUCAUUGAUGUACUCUCUAAAUUACCACAUCGAUUCAUCGUGUCCAAAGGACCGAAAGGUGAUGAGAUCGAGUUACCACCAAACAUGUGGGGAGAAAAUUAUGUCAAUCAAAUCGCGGUUAUAAAAGUCGUCGAUAUGGUCAUAACCCAUGGUGGAAAUAACACUUUCCUCGAAACAAUUUACUUCGGUAAACCUUUAAUUGUGAUGCCUUAUUUUUACGAUCAGUUCGAUAAUGCUCAACGAGUGGUUGAUUGUGGUAUCGGAAGACGAUUAGACACAUGGAAUUUGGACGAAAAAGUUGUUUCAAAUGCAGUUGAAGAAACGCUAAAUGAUCAAGAAAUGACCAGAAAGAUUAAAGAAAUCGCUCUUUCUAUGAGAUCAACUAAAAGUCGUGAAAAAGCAGUUGAAAUGAUCGAAAAUCUAAUUUCAAAAUCCAUCAACACCAAUUGAGCUUAUUUCUAAAUUUACGUUCGCUGUCAAAUCAAUUUGAAUAUUAACUAAGUAUGAAUAUCGUUGUUUUAAUCGUGUCAGGGUUAAUCGAACCUGUAAAAUUCAUGAGUUAUUUUAUCCAUAUA